CAGGUCAUACUAAAACACAAGUUCUCAUAUGGUAUUUUUACAUAUUUAGAUUCAUUAUAAAAUAUGUAACUUUUUAUAAUAUUUGGAAAUAUAUUUAUGAUUCUGUAUUAUUUCUAAAAAAAAUAAUUAGGUUUUAGUUCUUCAUAUUGUCGUUCAAAUUCAUUACUGUAAAUUUAAAAUAUUUUUUCUUUCAGUCAAUUUUUUUUAUUCUCUUGAACUUAAAUUAUAAUCAUACUCACUGAACAACUAUAUUUUCGUAAGAAAAAUUUAACAAUCACCUUGCCCAUGCAUGGGCCAUAAUACUAGUAUUCAAUACACCGACGGACUUCUCGAAAUAAAAUCGAACUUUCCUAAAUCGAAAUCGAAAUCCCUACUUCAAUCCCUACUUCUGGGUCUUCAAGCACCGCUUCUUCUGUGUUUCUUCUCAUCUCAUCAUCAUCAUCAUCAUCGUCAUCUUCUGGGUUUACCGAAAUCGAACACUUCUUAUUGCUCUUAUGGAUUCUAAGAAGAAAAGUCCAUCUUCGACAUCAUCAGGAGAGACGUCAGACGAAGCCAUGUCCGGAGAUGAUCGUUCCGUCAAAGUCCCCAAAGAUCUUUCGUCUCACCCAGAUUACAUCGUGGGUGACACAGUCGUUUUUUGGGACGGUUUCGAUUUACCGGUAGCUGAUUCUUUCAAUCCAUAUAUGGUGGUUUGGAACUUAACCAAAGCUCUUGCAACUACCAAGAAAUUAGUUGGUUUUUUGAAGCUCUUUUACUUCUGUGAGGAUGACUUAAUCAAGGAUGAUGACAUGCGUGAAGCCUAUGACGAGGCCAGAUUCUUCACAGAGACUGGAUAUCGCGGAGGUUAUGAUCCGCUCUGUAAAUAUGCCAGAACUAAAAGCAUGAUUGCAAGCGCUCUUCUAUGGGCAGGGGACGCACGAACGUGUCGGGUUGAUGAACCAGCUAACAUCGUGAUCGUCUCAGAUAGUGUCUCAGAUCAACCAGAGUUUGUCAAUCUUCUUGAAGCUUUGAAACAGCGCAACUUCAACAUUCUCUUGGUGCAGCAACAUGACGAGGAGAAGGAGAAACUUUAUGGUAUCCCAACUGAGAGCUUCGAUUGGCUUUGGACAAGCCUUUUGCACGGCGGAACCUCUCAAGGCGUUAACCGCAGUGAUAGUAGCAGCACUUGCGGAGAUGGUGUUCCUCUUUCCAGGAAAGAAGAUUUUUACAAAGAGAUAGAAGCUCUUGACCAAGCAGGAGAAGCUCUUGACCAAGAUAAAGAAGCUCUUGAAUCUCUCACAAGUGUUGAAGUUGAGUUAUAUGAUCCUUCAAAAGAAGUUGAAGCUAAGAUUGAAGCUCUUGCAAAAGCUCUUUUUGGAGCUAUUGAGCUUAAAGAUGUUGAACACGGUACUUCAAAAGCUUUUAAAGCUCUUUUUAAGAAAGCUCUUGCCGAGGAAGCUCGUGUCAAGAAAGCUCGUGCUAAGAAAGCUCGUGCCAAGAAAGAAGCUGUUAAAAGUCUUAAGGAAGUAGCUCGUGCAAAAGAGAUUGAAGCUCGAAAAGCUGAAGCUCGUGCUAAGAAAGCUCUUGCCAAGGAGAAGCUAUUAAAAAUCUUGAGCAUGUAGCUCGUGCAAAAGCAUAUCAAGCACUAGCACCUCAUAUCAAGCCAGCUAGUGGAGUAUUAUUAGGUCUUAAAGUCCCGCCAUGGAAGUCUGAUUAAAGUCUCGUUACAUGUUUGAUCCAAAUGGAUGGAACUUGGUUUAUGUUUUUGUUGUUUGGGAUUUUACUAGAAGGAGAAGCCUUCUUUAUUUGUUUCUUUUUCUUCUUCUGUGUGUUGAGGUUCUGUUUCCUCUAAAUAUGAACUGCCAUAUCCAUUGCGAAUGUUAUUAUUUAUGCAUAUUUGCUUUUGUCA